CCAAUCAGCGUCUAGCAUAGCAGUAUGCUACGUUCCGCAAAAUAUGAAUAUGGCGACUUUGUGCGAGAUGCUCAUUGGUCGACACUGUCUUAUGCUAUACACACACGGCUGUGUCAUUUCGUGUGUAACGACCCGAAGUUUCAUGAAAACGUCAUUGCAAAAGUCUAAACUGCACAUGCGCGAAAAAACCGCGCGUCUGCAGUAGUUAGCUUUGGAAAGAAAAUGAGUUCGGGGAGACCUACGCUGACCUACAUGUCGGCAACUGGGACGUUUACAAACGUUUUGUAAUGUAAAUGGUGAUAGGAGACUCAUUUUGAGUGUGAUAUUGCGCGAUUUUUGCAAAAUAAAUUUUUUUGCUCUCCAACACAAGAUUUCUCGUUGUUUUAAACAAGUAACUUCAAUAAUUCAUGAUGUGUACACUGUAACUAGAAAAAAUGUUCAAAAAACCACUUCGAACUUAUCAGAGAAAAAAUGCGAAAAGUACUGUUAUAGGUUUAGAAGUGCCUAUUUUACUGAUUGAUAAACAUAACGUAGAAACUGACCAUGUGAAAACUUCAUUUAACGAUUCUCUGAAUGAUCCGUUUGAAACGACGUUUGACAGAAUUGCUAAAGGAGCAGUUGUACCUCCUCGCCCACCAGAUGAAUAUCAAGAUUCCUCAUGGCACAGCAGCAGUGACAGUGAUACUAAUAUUAACAAUAAAAGCAAGAAGUUUUGUGAACCUAUUUUGCCUAUUUCUCCUGUGUGCAAUAAUACAUCUAAAACACACUCAAAUAUUAAGACUAGGAAACACAGAAGUCCAGCAAAACAUAAGAGAAAAGUUGUGGCUUCAAAGAAAACAGUGUCUAAAAGAACAAGAAUAAGUCCAGGGAGUAACAUUCAAGAAAAAACUGAACAACCACAAAAAGCACAGGGACGAAGGAACCAAUCAAAUCGCACGCGAAGAAACAAACAGAGACAACUUAAACAGUCUAGAAACUUGCGCAAUAAAGAAAGAUUAGAUGUUUAUUCUUAUGUAAGUAUUCAAGAAAAUGCUACAAAGAAAACAGAUAUUUCGUGUAACAGUGGAAAGAAGUAUUCAGGCCAGAAUACUUCAACGACUGAUGAUGGAAUUUCUUCACAUGACGCCUGGUCUGAUGCUGAUUCAAAAUACACGUCAAAUUGUGCUAAAGAUAUCAGACCGUGUUUUGUUAAGUUGAAUGCUGUUCAGCACACGUUGCAUAAAAAGAAAUCUUCAAAAGACAAGCGAGAUUCGUACUGUGACACAACAAGUUCAUGUGCGAAUACUUCAGAGACUGACAAAAAUAGUUCCACGAUAAAAAAGACUGACGCAAACUUGAUCUCAGUUAAAGACGACAAUCCCGUUAGAAACUAUAAACAUAACUUGUUCGAAUCAUGUUUCGUAGUGUUAGACGAUAAUGUUGUUAAAUCCUGGAUAUUAAAGAAUAAGAGGAGGGUAAAUUCUGUGAUUGCAGCAGAAGACGAGAGAAAUUCGCUUAAUUUAUCAGAAACCGCCGCUUGUAAUAAUAGCACGUUUUAUUCAUAUGUUACGAGAAGUAGAAACAAUUCAGUAAAAACUAGUCCUGUAAGUGCAAAGCAAGCAAGAGAGACUGUAAAAAAAGUUGAUGCGGCGUCUACGAAGAAAAGACAAUUUAUUAUUUCUAGCACUCCCAUUAACAAGCGCGUAAGACUCGACAGGCUUCCCAUCUGUUCGGUAUUAUUGUCUCCAAUUAAUAAUACUGUUUUCAAUAUGCCGCAUUCACUUGUGCAAACAGACGAAUUUCCCGAGCAAGAUAUCUCGAAUAUUGUAUCUUCUGUUAAAUUCGAUAAAAAAGAUUUUCGUUCGCCGAAUAAACUUUGGGAAGAAUCGGAAACAGACGUGCGAGAAAAGAAACAGACGCAAAUCUCACUGUUAGACGCAACUCGGACACAAUUAAUUGGAAAUUCAUUUGACGGAAGUUUCGAUGAACGUUCGGAGCGAGAUAUUUCAAAUAUCGUAUCUUCCAAUGAAUCCGAUGAAAACGAUGUUUGUCCGUCGAGUAAACUUUCGAAAGAACCGGACACAGCCGUGCACGAGGAACAGACGCAGAUCUUGCUGUUAUCUCAGCAGGCGCGAGUAACCAGAAAUUCCUCCGUCAAACUCGAGAAAAUGCAUCUUGAGGACAACCAAAUUUACGUAGCACUCACACAGAAACUUGACGCACAAAGCGAUAAGGCAUCCAUGUGUUCUCUGAGCGCGUUGUCCGAUUGCUCGCGAUCGUUGUUUAGCGAGACAAUGACCAAUUGUAAAUAUUUGACAGAGUCUGCGAGUGAAGAUAAUCAAAUAAACGAAUAUUUAUUGAACGAACAUGCGACAUUUGGAAAUUCAGAUAUAACCCGUACGAGAGUGAAGUGCAAAAACAAAACUCAAGAAAAUGAAUCGAUGUCGCAAUCCGUAACAGAUGCGAAUACAAACAUUUCCGAGAACUUUAAAGACCAAAUCACCAACGGAGCAAACGUUGGUGAGCAGAUUCUCGACGAAACGGAUGGGACGCGCGCAAUGCUCGCGGAAUUGGAAGAUCCGAUCAGAGUCACGGCGAAGAGAACUCAAUACGGCAGGUGGCAAAUGAGUAUGUCGGAUAUCUUCGAAAGUUUAAUUAACAAUUCCGCGCAGUCGAAUAAAAUUCUUGCUGUCGAAACAAGUGCAAUAAGUUCCGAGAUGAAUUGUCUCGAAGCGGUAAAUAAUUUGUGCGAUAACGAGGAUAAAAUGGGAAUGGAAAAAAUUUUUCUAAAAUCCGGCAAACACUGGGCCAGAUCUUUGUCCAUACUAACCAAUAUAAACAAUGAAGAAAACUUGGAUAAAAUGAGCGUAGGGAAAGGAAAAAAGUGGAGGUCCAGCGUCAGAGACGUGCUAGAUAUGCAGAAACAAGGGCUUCUUCAGAGUUGCUUGAAAGCAGACAAGGAUGUUGUGAAUUUGUCCUGCAUUGACGUGUCUGAUGUGCCGUCGCUCGACGCGAAUAAGUGUAUCGCGAUCAAUCCGACGAACCAUGCCAGACUUUCCAAGAGAAUCUCGGUGCGAAUUGUACUCAACAAUACAAACGCCAAGUGCGACACAAAAGACGCUUCAUUUCUGGAAGCAUUUGGAAUAUCACAUCGAGAAAAAUUGUCCGUACACAGCCCGAUUAUCGACAGAAAGUCCGUGACCGCGAGGAACGUUGUCCUGCAACGAUGUUCACAGAACUGUUAUCUACCCUUCUCAGAAUGUUUUCCAGAUUCAUACUUGGAGCACUGCCAUAAAAUCGGUGAAGGCGUUUACGGAGAGGUUUUUCUGUACGAACACAAUGGCACCAAGUCCGUUCUAAAGAUUAUUCCCAUAGAAGGUAAAGAAAUGGUCAACGGUGAGCCGCAAAAGAAAUUCAACGAGAUUUUGUCCGAAAUUGUAAUAGCGAAAGAAUUGGCUAAUUUGAAAUCGAAUACUACGUACAGGACGGACGGAUUUGUGGAUGUCAAAAGUGUCAACUGUGUUGUAGGAAAAUAUCCAAAAAAGCUCGUGGAGCUUUGGAACAUUUACGACGACAACAAAAAAUCCGACAACGAUUGUCCGUCCAUGUUCGACGAAAAUCAGUUGUACAUCACACUCGAACUCAGUCACGGUGGACAGGAUCUCGAAGCUUUUGUCUUUCAGACUGCUGAAGAAGCUUGUGCUGUAUUUUUACAGAUCGCAUUUGCACUGGCGGUUGGAGAAAAGGCGCUUGAAUUUGAGCACAGAGACUUGCAUUGGGGCAAUGUACUGAUAUCGAGAACGAAAGAGCCGUACGUAUAUUACAAUCUUAGUGAGAAAGAAAUCAAAGUUCCUAGCAAAGGAAUGAAGGCGUCUAUAAUAGAUUUCACUCUGUCAAGAGUAUCAUAUGCAGGAUGCUGCAUGUAUAAUGACCUCGCGGUAGAUCCGGCUUUGUUCACUGCGUAUGGCGAUUAUCAGUUUGAGAUUUAUCGUCUUAUGCGCGAUAAACUUGGGAAUACGUGGCGAAAAUACGAACCAUAUACGAACAUUUUAUGGUUACAUUAUACUUUGGACAAAAUGAUUACGGCAGUGAGAUAUAAAAAAAAGAAUGUGAAAAUACACAAAAAUGCUAUCGCUAAAUUGAAAGCAUUCAAAGACACGAUUUUGCAGUAUAACAGUGCAUUCGACUUUGUGAAUACUUCGACCGAUAUCGAGUAUUUAUAAUAAUCGGGAUAAAACAAGAAUUGUGUGUGUUAAAAACAUUAAAUUAUAAAAGUUAAUAAAAAUUUUGUAAAAUGUUUUACAUAUUUGCGCUUAGUGAAUGACAUUGUAUAUACGUUACUUUUGUUGUCGUAGACAAGAAUGACAUAGAUGUGAUAAAAGAUAAAUGAAAGCAAAACAAUAAAUGCUCAUCAAUCAA